AUGAAGAACAAGAAGGCCACUGCCGUCGCCUCUACGGCCGCUCUAGCCAUGGCAGCUGCGGUGCAGGCAGCCCCCGCGGUGCCAACUUCCUCUAGCGGUCAGAACGGCGAUGCUGCAUCUGUCAUUUCUUCGCUUAUUGCCGAAGCCAAGCCGCUCCCUAUUCCUCCUCCUCUUCCUCCCAAUCACCCUCAUGCUCCCCUUGUUGUUCCUCUGGGAGUGGGCGCUGCGAUCCCCACGAUGUUGGGUGGCGAAGAGGAGGUGAUUCACCUCGCGCUGCCGGCUCACCACCGUGAGCAAGGCCCUCUCCACAGCCAUGCCCAUGGCGAAACAAUCCUGGUGCCCCUCAAUGGCCUUCCCGGCGUCGAGAUGAACGAAGCGCUCGUUGGCGUUCCCAUACGCAAGAUUGGUCACCGCAGCCGCGUACACUACCGCAGCGGCAGCCCCACCUCGCGAUCGCCCGACAGCAAGUGGAUCGUCUGGCGCAAGACUGACGGCUCGUUUGGCACGACGAGCAAGGGCCACUUGGCCAAUUUUGGCCAGGCCGGCGGCAGUCCACCGUCUUCGCCUCCUCGUCUUCAGCCGCAAACGUCCACGUCGUCGACGGUCGUCGCCGUCGUCAUGCCCGAGCACCAGACCACCGAAGCGGAGGACGACUGCGAGAAUGACGAGAUUGAGCUCACGAAGCGAGCUCAUCUCACCGGACUCGAGCCCGAGCCCGAGCCGCACGACAAGAAGGCGCUGCACUACUUCGGUCAGCCUCAGUCAAAGGGCGAGCACGAGCACGUCGACGGCGACGAGGGUCCCAACGACAAUGACAUGAGGGGUGACCUGUUCAGGCGCCGCGCAUCGGCCCCUGCCAGUCCCGUCGCUGCUGCUGCCGCCAGUCUCGCCCGUCGCAGUCUGGUGGCCGACAAGGCAGACGAGGACCUCGCCGUCGCCCGCCGCAGCCUCUACCGCCUCUCUCUUGGUCAGGAGUCGCCGCGCCGUUAUGACUUUGUCGCCGUAGGCAAGGAUCACGACAACGACAACGACGACUAUGACUAUGAAGAUGCCUUUUUCGAUGAAGACGACUUCGACGACGACGCCGUGAGCAUCCGCAGCCCGCUGACGGCGCACGGUGUCAUCUUUGACGUGCCCACGGAGGUGCACCACCAGCACCAGCACCAGCACCGCCAGCCUCGUCAGCAUCAUCAUCAUCAUCAGCAGGCACGGGAUCUCUUUGAGACGCACGUCCGGCCCUUCCUCGGCAGGCGCGGCCUGACGGACGAGGUGCAGGCCCCACCUGCCAAGCGAGACUACCAUUCCCACGGUCCACACUACCACAAUAGCGGCAGUUACAGCCCCAACUCCAUCGACAGCCACGGCGGGAUGGGCCGCAGUCGUGGCAUGUAUAAGCGCGGACUUGACCCUCAUGAGCCCCGCGAGCACGACGCCUUUGCCGAAGACGAGGGAGAAGACGAGCUGGAGAGACGCAGCCACAAGUCCGGGAGCGAAGCGGGCCGUAGAUGGGGCCGCCCGCGCCACCACGGAAAGCGGAGCAUCGAGCCAAGGGCCGUGGGUGAGUACGGUCCCGCAGAAUGGGGCGGUCCCGGCCCUAUGCCCGUAGAGAAGCGCUCGGUGGGAUUGGACAUGGGCAAACGUCGCAACAUGGACCGCAUCACCGACAUGAAUAGCGUGCGCGAGAUGCAGCUUCGCGACGUCGCCGGCGUGGCGCCGCUGACCGAGGCCAAUCUCGAUCUGCUCCGUCGCACCGCCGAGUCCGAGUCCGAGCCUGCACAGCAGCUCGAAAAGAGGUGGCGGUUCGGCAGCAGACACAGCGACGGCUGCUCGACGCACGAUCGCAAUUGCCACAAGAAGGCCGAAUCCGACUACUACAGUCGGCGCGACGAGUCGGACCCUGACAAUCUCGACGGACCCCUCAAGCGUCGCAACGUCGAGCCGGAGGUCUACCCCGGACGCGGAAAGAGCAAAGCGCACCAUGCUCCCAACGAAGAAGCGGCCACCAAGCCAGAAGGAGAAGAGGAAGAGGAGGAAGGCGAACGGGUCGAGAAGCGCUCGGUGACGUGCAAUGCCCAGGGAGGUGGACGCUGCUUCGCCAGUGACGGUGCCAGCCAGACGAACGGCAAGCGCGAGGCUGCGGAAGCUUCUGGCAUCCAGAUGGAGAAGCGUGCGAUGGCUGCUCCCGACUAUCUCGUCACUAAGCGCCCCCUUGGCGGUGCUCGGCUGCAGAAGCGAAUGGUGGCAGGUACUCCUCCUUUUUCCUCGGGCAAGUGUGGCCUUGGUUGUUCCCGUCGCCAGCGCAGCCAAUUUGAAGUCAACGCAAUGCCAAUGGUCCACAAGCGCGGGCUGCAGGGCGAGCUGCCAUUGCAGAAACGAUUCAAGGCGAAGAAGCUGGGUGCUGAGAAGCAGGCGGGCGGCAGCAACCUGGCGACGAUGUCGAUGACGAAGAAGGGUGGCUUCAAGACCGAGACGACCAAGCCCAAUCCCAAGCGUAAGCCAAAGCGCAAGCCCAAGGUUGAAGCCGAGGCCAAGCCCGUGACCAAGCCCACGACCAAGCCCGAAGGCAAGCCCGAGGGUCUGCCCAAGGGCAACCCCGCCGAGACGGGCAUGGAGACGGCGCUCUAA